CUCACUACUUGUUGUGAUCAUUACAUCGUCACCCGUUGUUUGUCCUGUCGUCAACUCUGUCAGCCCAUCUCACGAUCCCUUUGCCCAACGCAACUCACCUCCGCCCGCGUCCUAUAUCCUCGCUUUCUCUUAUUCAGUCCUCUAUUCCUUUAUCCUCUCCAAUCGAUUGUCCCUCAUCGACUCCAACUUCAGCCUGUAUCCUUAGUCAUCCUCGAAUCCUCCCUCCAGUCCGCACCCUCCCAAUCCAAUUUACACCGUGGACAAAUCCUACCCACCACAUCGUCUCCGACCCUCUGUUCCACGCGCAUAUCAAAACACAAAGAAGUCCAGCAUCGUCUCCGUUUGCUAGCUUUCAUGUAACACUAGCACUUGACAAAGAUUGUCCGUCUCUAUGGGCCGCCCACUAUCCACUCUAAGGACAAGGCCCCCGCGAGUAUCCUCCUCUUUGACGACUCCCUACCAAAGGCCUUGCUCUUGUAUAUCUACACCUGAUGGUCACAUUGUAGGCGCCUCCUUCACGAGAAGAUGAGCGCUUUCGUGCGAGUUUCCGGCCGCCCCAAUACAAACUUUCUCGUCGGCUACCCGGGAAUCUCUGCUACACUGCCUCGCAUUGAAGGAACAGUCGAGAUCAGGCCGGGGGUCGGCAUAUCCAGCCCUGUCAAUAUCUCCGUCGUAACCAUCGCCCUCCAAAGGAGGGAAAGCAUCCAUCCCCAUGCCGAUUCCGUCACGAAGAAACAUCUGGCCGCCCCCAGGCGAGAGUCCACCGAGACUGUGGGCAAAGAAAUGCUGUUGUUCCGAUGUCCCGCAAACAGAGAAUAUGAAGAGAUCAUGUUUAUGGACUUGCCCUUUGUCAUAUUCAUCCCCUUUGGUCGCGGAGGUCAAGAGACGGCCAGAAGAGUGCCACCUGCCAGUCUCCAACUGCCCAGAAGGACCGCCGAAACCUUUUAUGAGAUGGUCGUGACAGUGGCUUAUGGAUCCAACGACCGCAAGACGUACAACUUCCCUGUUCCCAUUACUCGGUACGACACUCUCUCCACCUUUGGCAUGUACAAUCGGCCCGAAACUGCCGAGCGCGUGACGGAUCACUUGGUCACGUUAGGAAUCUCUUUACCCAGGUGGUCAUACGGCCCUCUAGAUCCUGUGAGCGUCUACAUCAAACUGUCACCGAACCCGGAUUGGCUUUCCAAGGCGCGAAAGGUGACCAUCAAGAAGAUUGAAAUUGGCAUUGACGAGGAGGUAAUCUACAAUCAUGAAGGCGACGAACCACAGAGAAAGGCCAAAACCUUGGUCAGAAAGGUAGAAACAGUUGGCGUCAAGAUGCCAGAAGGAGGAUAUUUCACCAAUCUAGGCCUUGUCUUCCCCGCGAAUGACCUUCGAGAUGCCGACGGGGUGAUGCCUCGUGGUAGACCGGCAUAUCCAACGUAUGCCGUUCCAGGAUUCACCACAACCGCCGGCCUGUACAAGGUCGAAUAUUACUUGACUAUCAAGGCUUCAAUGACAGGCGCCAAAGACAUCAUCCUGAGACAGCCAAUAGUAGUUUGUCCUCUGGAUCAUGCCGCCUGCAAAGCUGAGAUGGAGGCCAUCGAGCAAGCCGCCCGAGACGCUCAACACAUCAACGCCGAAAACCCCAUGUUACCACUCGCCACCAUCAUUCGCGCAUCCGAUCCCAACGCUCUGAAUUGUAUUGGAGUAGCCAUAGUUGGAUCGGCCAAGAAACCACUCAUUGACUGACAAAGCUACAGUCACAACCAGAGACGAGAGACUCGUCUACACCAUUUGCGGGAAAUUCCUCCGCCAAGAUUUCAUAUCUGGCCUACAGCACAUCACCUCGCCGAACCUCAGAUUCGCGGCUUGCUGUCGUCAGUGAGAUUCCAGCUGGAAGGAAAUUCCAACAUGGACGGCACCAUAUUCCACCACGAUUCUUUUCAGCUAUUGGAAACAACAUGGUUUCCAGAAUGAGCGAUGUCAGUCAUGAGGAUUGGUAGAUUCUUGCCCGCGAGGGCCACCAAACCACCGACCCCGUGUUUACAACGACGUCAACGAGAUGUGCAGGUGUCAGUACACAUUGAAGGUUUUUUGGCACAUUUCCCGGAAAUUAACGAUCAGAGACACUUGAGAGGGCCUUGAACAAGUGUCCUGAGCGAACCUGUAUGAAUUGGUGACGACCUGGUCAUUCUGGUUAUGGCGUCGUCGAUGGUGGCGAUGAUGUCUUUGACUUUGGCCGUACCAAACUGCGAUCCCUAAUAGCGACGCAGAGACGGAGGGCUUAAAUCCCGCUACGGUGCUUCCCUUUUCUCACACCUUUGAUGUCUUUUCUUUGGCACGGCGUUGAUCUCCCUGAAGGGUUAGAGAUCGGUCCAGGCAGUAUUUGGAAAGCUGGGAUAGUGUUAGGAUAGUUACGAUAUGAAGCUAAUGCCAAACAUACCCUGAAUUUAAUUAA